UUGCAAAUAACUUUUCUCGCAGCUCUUCCUUAAGCGAGGUCAGAAGAGGAGGAACAAAGACAAUCAUGUCCGGUCGUGGAAAGCAGAGCGGGAAAGCCCGAGCCAAGGCGAAGACUCGCUCCUCCCGGGCCGGUUUGCAAUUCCCCGUCGGCCGCGUGCACCGCCUGCUGCGCAAAGGCAACUACGCGGAGCGGGUGGGCGGCGGAGCUCCGGUCUACAUGGCGGCGGUGCUGGAGUACCUGACGGCCGAGAUCCUGGAGCUGGCGGGCAACGCGGCCCGGGACAACAAAAAGACGCGCAUCAUCCCGCGCCACUUGCAGCUGGCCGUGCGCAACGACGAGGAGCUCAACAAGCUGCUGGGCAGAGUGACCAUCGCCCAGGGAGGCGUCCUGCCCAACAUCCAGGCGGUGCUGCUGCCCAAGAAGACCGAGACCCACAAGGCUAAGGCCAAGUAAGGCCGGCUCCGAAGAUCCUUCAUCUUACGCUUUCCCCCAAAAAGGCUCUUUUCAGAGCCACC